AUUGGGUUAAAAAGAGCAUAUUUUGGGAAUUACCAUAUUGGCACACAAACUUGAUUCGACACAAUUUAGAUGUCAUGCACUGUGAGAAAAACUUUUUUGACAAUAUCCUUCAUACAGUAAUGGACGACCCUAUGACAAAAGAUAACAUGAAUGCAAGCCUUGAUCUGGAAUUGUAUUGUAAAAGGAAAAGUCUGCACAUACCAAAAACAGGAGUGAAUUCGGGUAAAAAGCUAAAGGCCACUUAUGUUCUGAGUAGGGAUCAAAGAAAAUGAAUAUGUCAAUGGUUGAAGCAACUUAAAUUCCCUGAUGGAUUUGCCUCCAAUAUAUCUCGAUGUGUCAAUACACAAGAGGUACGAUUAUUCAGUAUGAAAAGUCACGACUGUCACAUUUUCAUGCAAAGCCUUAUACUAAUUGCAUUUCGUGAUUUAUUACCGAAACAAGUUUGGGAGCCACUUGUUGAGAUUAGUGAGUUCUUUAGGGCCUUGUGUGCUCCGGUGAUUCAGGUCAAUGACAUGGCAAUAUGGCAAGAGAGGAUAGUAGAAAUCAUUUGUAAGCUAAAGCAAAUCUUUCCACCUUCAUUCUUUGAUAGUAUGGAGCAUCUUGCAAUCCAUCUUCUAUAUGAGGCUCGUGUAGGAGGACCAGUGCAAUUUCGAUGGAUGUAUCCAUUUGAAAGGCUAAUGCAUUGUCUUAAGUUGACGGUGAAAAACAAGCAGCGUCCUAAAGCAUCCAUAUGUGAAAGUUACAUAAUGUCUGAGAUCACAAAUGUUAUCUCUCAUUCUUGGAUGAUGGGGUGCAUAGUACAAUUGAUAAUCCCAUGAGGAAUAUUGUUGUUGGAUUUGGUGAUAAUAGUGGCCUAUCCAUCUUUAAAUGCGUUGGAAAACGUAUUGGUUCCAAAAUUGAAAGACAUUGCUUGAUGGUAGAGGAACGCAAAGCUGCUUCGUAUUAUGUGUUAAUGAAUUGCGAAGAAUUGCGAGGAUGGGUCAGGUAAAAAACCUACACUAAUAUCUUUAAUGUCUUCAAUUUGUUAUGUUAAGAUUCAUUGAAUUAAAAUACUAACAAUAUAUAAAAAAUUAUUAUCAAAUUUUCUACUUUAUUUGAGAGUGAACAAUGUCAAAAUAUAAAUUCUCAACAAAUUCAAGCAAAACGAGAGAGAGACCUUGUGCCCUGGUUUGAACAAGCUGUGAGUAUUUAAUAAUAUGAAUAUUCAAUU